AUGUUUGUCCAGGUAUGCCUGUACUUCUACUGCAAAUGCUUGUGGCGCUGCCUGAAAUUCGUGGUCAGGAAACUAACAGGUCGAUGUGAAUUACAAAGGAUCUGUUACAAUACCAAGCCUGGAGCUGCCAGGACUAUGAAAAUAGAGGCAUCACUGAAAGGUUCAAAAAGUAAGCGGCUGCAAACUUCAGUAAGUGUUCACCCUGAUGCUAUUGAAAAAACUAUAGAUGACAUCAUGGAGCUGAAAAGGAUUAAUUCAGAUGUAAAUCCACAGUUGGGAGUAUCUCUUCAGGCGUGCCUACUGCAGAUUGUGGGGUACAGAAACCUGAUUGCAGAGGUUGAAAAGCUGCGCAGAGAACAGUAUGAUUCGGAGAAUCCGCAACAUGAGGAAAUGCUUCUCAAGUUGUGGAAGUGCUUGAAGCCCAGCUCGCCACUGAAAGCUCGGAUUUCGAAGCAGUGGUGUGAAAUUGGUUUCCAAGGUGACGAUCCUAAAACUGACUUUAGAGGGAUGGGUCUCCUGGGCUUAUAUAACUUGGUGUAUUUUGCUGAAUGGGACACUGAGGUAGCUCAGCAAGUUCUCUCUGAUUCUCUUCAGCCUAAAUACAGGGAAGUCACUAAGAAGGAAAUAAGCCAAUUCAGUAAAGCCGAAUGGGAGAAGAAAAAGUUUGACAAGGCAAUUGGCUAUUCUUUUGCCAUUGUGGGCAUUAACAUAACAGAUCUCGCAUACAACCUGCUUGUGAGUGGAGCUCUGAAGACCCAUUUCUACAACGUUGCUCCAGAAGCUCCAACACUAACUCACUUUCAGCAGACGUUCUGCUACUUAAUGCAUGAAUUCCACAAAUUCUGGAUUGAAGAGGAUCCACUGGACAUAAUGGAGUUCAAUCGUGUCAGAGAGAAAUUCCACAAGCAAAUCUUGAAACAGCUUCAGAAUCCAGAGAUGGCUCUGUGCCCUCAUUUUGCUGCGUCAGAAAAUUUAAUCAAUAUGUAGUUACUCACUUGAUUUUUAUUUGGAAACACUGCCUCACUCUUGUGUUAGAUCACUAGCUAGACCAUCACUAGCAUACUGAAUGACCAUGGCGAUUGUAUGCAUGUUUUUGGUGCAGUAUUCAUCUAUUUUUGUCACACGUAGUAGAUCCCCUUAGGCUUCUCAUGCUGGGGAUUGCUCAUUGGAAAUGGGUGCUCAUAUUGCGGCAUUAUGCAGUGUUACGUUCUGAAUUGAUGUCCAUGUAUCAGAGUUUUUCUAUUUUUUUAGACUUUCCUCAUAAUUCAGCAUUGACAAUUGAAUUGUAUUUCUCUAGCUGUGUUUUUGUAUAUGUGGAAUAAGUAGCUGGAUCUUGUAUCGUGAAAGCUUUUUAACUUCUUGGUGUGUUUUAAGAUAACUACUGGCAUUUCAAGCAAAAUAUAUGUUUGGACCUCAUCUAGAAAAUAAUGUGUGUAAUUUAAUCUGAUGCAGGCAAACAUAUUAAAGUCCAGUUAUCUCCAUGCGGCCAUAUAUGCUUAAUGCAGAACUAAUGAGGCUUAUGAGCUACAAGUUUCAGUGAGAAAAGUUUAUGCAGAAUUACAAUGAGACUCCACAGCUGCAUGAAUACCAAAUGGUCUGGUGAUGCUAAUACAGUCACAGGUGAACUGCAAACACACUCACAACUACUGGAUAUUGGCAGGGGCCAAAAAUUACAUCAUCAGGCUGUUGUCACCACCACCACCAUGCUGAAGCAUGGUCUAAAUUCCUGCACAUUCCUUUAAUUAUAUGGGGAUUAGUAUUCUGUGUCACGUGUUGGCAGGCAAUGUGAUUUGGUCAUGUUGUGCUUGGUGAAUUCAGGGGAGCAAAAAAAAAAUUUUUUUUUGAACUACUGAAAAUGUUGCUUUGGUUGUCAAUUCAGUUCCUAAGAUCUGGGGCAAUAAUUCAUUAGAAGGUUUAGAGCAAAACCAACUUGAGUUUCCCAGACUACUUAUAAAAAAAUUUAAAAUGGCAAACUGCCUUUUUUUCUAAAAACAUAAAUGAGUAAAAGUGUCUGACACUAAGCUUGUGUAGUAUAUUGAACAGCAUCUACCAUGGCAUUUCAUACCCAUGGUAUUUUUUACCUUCUAAGCAAUCAAUUUUAGUAUUACAUGUUUGUGUAAAUCACUUGCAUAUGGAGAUUAAACUUGAGUAGUGUCCAGCUACUUGUGAAUUAUACAAAUAAAUUAUAUGUCAUUCUAAACUGAA